CAGCCGAACUGUAUUUCUGUGGUCUGUGCGUCUUUGGCAUCCUGUGGGCAAGUGUCAAAUUAUGUCAAUCAUAUCAUGUCAUAAUUAUGUAUUACAAUACAAACAAAAACAAGUUUCUUUGAUGUUAAAAUUACAUUACAAACAUUUUGGAUUUAUUUGUGUUACAUGUCUUUGCAAAAACGUAUAUUCUCGAAAAGCUUUUCAACAAAACAUGUCCCAAAACCUAAUCAUUCGGUGAAAAUGUUAAGAAUUCGAUGUUCUAAUAUUAGCAAAAUCAAUAAGUUCACCUUCAGUAGAUUACAAUGGAACAGAAAGGUAAACUGAAUAAGAGAUCCGGAUUUGCUAGUUUUAUAUUGCCAAAUAAAAUUCCGAAUAAAGUAGGUGUAACUGUGACAAAAUGUCAGAGUGCAAAAGAUAAAAGUUUGAGACACCUUACCACCAGAGAAGCAAACAGUGAUACAGCUAUAUGCAAAAGGCCUUUGAGUUUUGAUGUAAACCACAGAUGCAUAAAUGGAAAACUGCCAAUGAAUAAAUCAAGUAACUUCAUAAAAGCCAGCUCAAUUCAUGAAUUACCUACCUUAGUAUCUCAAGAAGUUGAAUUAUUGUUUCAGAUUUUGGAUAGAAGAAACAGCAUAUCAGAAGGUAAUGUGUUCGAAGAAAGUACUGACACAGAUGAAACUUUGGACAAUAACAAACUGGCAGACACUUAUACAUCUCAUGAAAGUGUACUAAAUUUGAGAACAGCAUUGAGCACACUUCACCUCAUCCCAACUAGCAAAGCUAGACAAAGAAACUUUUUACAGGGUAAAAUUGGUGCUAAUUCUCUUCUGGGGCCUUGUGAAUUGGACAGGGUUUGUCCUAAUAGAGAAAUUACUAUUUUUGUGGGAACUUGGAAUAUGAAUGGACAUUCUCCUCCAAAAGAGCUGAAUGAUUUUGUGUUGCCUCUGAAUAUGGAACAUGUUCCUGAUAUUCUGUCCUUUGGCACACAAGAAUCAUCUUCCGAAAGGUAUGAAUGGGAAGUCAGUUUGCAGGAAACUAUUGGUCCAUCUCACCUACUCUUUCAUUCUGUUUCUUUAGGUACUUUACACCUAUCAACUUUCAUCAGAAGAGAUUUAAUUUGGUAUGUUUCAAUUCCUGAAGAGGCAAGUUUAUCAGUAAGACCUGGAACAGCAUUCCGAACCAAAGGAGCCGUAGCCACUUCCUUCAUGGUUUUUGGUACCUCAUUUUUAUUUGUAACAGCCCACCUGACAGCACACCAGGAAAAAGUGAAAGAACGAGUCGGAGAUGUUAAAAGAAUUGUACAUUCGCUUGAUCUACCAAAGACACUGCCAUGCAAGAACAAAAAUAAAGAUGUUACCCAGAAUUUUGACUACGUUUUCUGGUCAGGAGACUUAAACUUCAGACUUUCAACGCCAAGAGCUAAAGUUCUGGAGUGGCUGUCCAAUACUAGUUUCCCACUGCCUCCACAUUUACCUCAUGGAUAUAUGCAUCAUGAUCAACUGUGUUCAGUUCUAGCAGAUGGAGCAGCUUUCAAGGGUUUUUAUGAAGCAAAAAUUACAUUUCCACCCUCUUAUAAGUAUGAUCCUGGAACACAAAAUUUUGAUUCAUCUUCCAAGCAAAGAACUCCUGCGUAUACUGACAGAAUAUUGUACAAACAAAAAAAUUCCCGUAGAUUGAGUGGCCAUUUGGAAAAUCCACCGUUGCAGUGCUUAGUUUACGAUUCUGUACCAUCAAUUACAACUUCUGACCACAAACCAGUUUGGGGUGUGUUCAAAGUACAUUUAAGGCCUGGUUUGGACAC